CAAAUUUAAAUACUUAUUAAAAUGUCAUACAACAUCUCCCAGCAAACAUUCCAUAGCGGAUUUUCAGUAGACCGAUAUAGGCAUUUUGAGCGGAUCGUUGUAGUUUUGCUUAUCUGUUACUUAGUGGGCAAUUAGUAGCAGCCGUCGAAAGUGGCCAGCCGAUGACUAGCCACGAUUAACAUGUCGGAAAGUUAUCGUCUGUGCCAAAGAAUCCAAAGAAUCGCUAAAAAAUAUAGAUCCACUAAUCCACAAAUCUACUAAAAGAAUGUUUGGUGGACAGCGUCGGAUUCAGCAUUUUUUGAUAUUUGAGACUGCUAUCCUCCACGGAUGGAACAAACUUUAAACAAGUCGCAGGUCAUCAAUAUGAAAAGUAGAGAAGUUGACAUUUAAAUGAUUUUAUGUUGAAGUAUGGAUGUAUGAUUAGAUUUUAUGUUGGGGAAUAGAUGCAUGAUUAUACUUUGAGAAGUAUAUCGAUGGCUCCAAACUUCGACGCCGUAUCAUUACCUUGUCUCAAUAAAUGUAUUGAGUUGGGAACUCAUCAAACGUUUUCUUUGUCCGAUUAUGUUGUAAUACACCUGUGUAAACCUCCUUGUAUCGAAUGCGAAUUUAUAAAUAUAUCUUCAAAACAAGCAUUGCAAAUUAUCUUAAAGGAAGAAAAAAUGAAAAACGAAAGGUACAGAGAAAAGAUUAUAGAGUUAUCUAAAAGGUAUGAACAAUCGAGACGAAAAGUUAAGAAUCAAAAGCUCAGGAUUGAACAACUUUCGAAACAACUUCAAACAGAGCAAAAAAAAACUUCUGAAAACGACAUUGAAAAGUUUGUUGUUAUUAAUUUAGAUACUAAUCACUAAAUACUAGAGGUACUAAUUACUAUGAAUGUUUACUUGAUAAAAAUAAGAGAAAUUAUAAGUUUUUA